GUAAGGCCCCAGAGAUAAAAAAAAGAUAGCAAAGUUAAAAAUCCGCUGCGUUUUGUUUUCGCAUUCGAAACCGGAAAUCCAAUUCUCAGCGCCGUUUGCACUCAAGAGCACAGAUUUCCUCCUCCAUAGCCGCCGACACAUCCGCCGCGUUCUAGAAAAAAGUGAAACUGUUGGCACAGAUAUGGCUUUGGGAGGGACAGGUCCGCAGAGAGGCACUGCAGCAGCUGCUGCUGCCAACAUGCGUCGAAGGAGGACAGGCAGCAGUGGGGCAACAGCUGGAGCUGGUGGUACCAUGUUGCAAUUUUACACAGACGAUGCACCGGGCCUCAAGAUUUCUCCCAAUGUCGUGCUUGUCAUGAGCAUUGGCUUUAUAGCAUUUGUUGCGAUUCUUCAUGUAAUGGGCAAGCUGUACUUCGUCCGUAGGGAGGCUUAGUUAUGAUAAUAAUAUGAGGAUAUGCUAGUAUGAGACCUAAAUUGCUGGUAGCCAGUUUCUGGUGUUUGAAGGCUUAGUUAUGAUAAUCAUAUGAGGAUAUGCUAGCCCUAGACGUGAAUUGCUGGUAGGCAGUUUCUGGUGUUUGAAAGGUUUAGAGUAAGCGUCUCUCAUUCAUAGUAACUUUUAUUAAAAUUUACAUGUAACUCCAAAUGUCAAGGUUUUACUUAUAAAUUGCUAAUGAAGAUAGUAAGGAGUAUACAAGGAAAGCCAUGUUACCUCAUUUCUUGUGUGAAAAUGUUGGGUUAAUUAUGUGUAUUCGGCUUUGAAUAUUAAUCAUUUUAUUACUCUGAACUUUCUUCUUGGCUUUGGAUUUUCACUCUGAAUAAGCUUAUUCAUAUGAAUAUAUGGGCAGUGAAAAAGGGCAACUUCAUCUUCUUUUUUUUUUUUUUUUUUUUCCUGGUACAAGAAACUUGAUCCUUUCUUAUCUUAUAAUGUGAGUUAUCUAAUUUCACAGUGAUAUCCGAAGAAUAGAUG